CAUGCGCUAUACACUUUACGUGCUCGCGCUUGUUUUCGUCGCCGCUAUCCUGAUGGCGAUGCCGCAAGUUUACGCCUAUGAAGGUGUUGCAGCGCUGACCUUUAUGCAUGGACUCUGCAAAGGAACUCUGUUGUGCUUGAGAGCCGUCCUCAUCGCUCAUCUGCUGGGCGUCGAUCGGUCGGCGGCUUGCGCCGGCGUCACGGGCGUGGCGAUCAUACCGCUUAGCCUAGUCGCGCCUGCAAUCCUAGGAUCCUUCCGAGACGGGAGAGGCACCUACGACGGAUUUUAUCGGAUGCUAGCAGCGAUCAACUUGCUGGCAGCUCUCGUAUUCUCCGUGUUUGCUGUGGUUAACCGAAGGCGGACAAAGGGCACAUGGACAAAUGACGAUUGCGAGAAGAAGAAUUGAAAGCCAUUCCGCAUAUGCUAAUAAAUAUAA